GGUAUAUGAUUGUAUGUACAGCUGCGGCAGUCGUAGGUUUAUUUAUCUGUAGACUCUUCACGUGUGUAUCAAAGGAAGAAGAGAGCUACAUACAUGUCUACUGAUACACGGCAAUCAUCCCAUUCGACUUGUCGAAUCCGGCUCUAACUUGGCUAGUAUCGUUCAUGGCUCGGAUCUUCCCUUAGGUCGUCCUGCCGUCGCUUUUGACAACUGGGAACUUCCUUACAAAGUCAUCAUCCCCACACACUUUUUCCUUCAUCGCUCCACUGUCACAACCUUCCACGAUUCAGCGAUGCUAGUCUGCUGGUGGAUUUAUCGGUGAAUAUGUAUGAAUGAUCUCCUCCUUCGUCAUUUCUCAUGCAUAUGUACUACCAAACUACCGACCUUUGAAUCUCCAUCUUCAAGCAUAAUCAGCCUUGCAGGUGAAUUCAUCAUACCAAAGUUUAUUCAAACAUUGACGCUCUCCUCAAGAUCAAGGGAGCUGCUGUCAAAUUCUUACCUUUCCCAUAUUUCUCUACAUCAGUCACUCACCUACCUCCUCCUCGAUACUUUUGCUUCCCAACGUGGACUUGAAUCAAGAGAACAGUAUCCGUGUGAGGCACUUCAUUCACUGGUCUCCAUUCUCCCUUGUUAGAAAUGUCAUAUCCGUACGGAGCUCCUCCCAUACCCUGGAACUCGAGACCACAGAUAGACACUCGCAGACCCUCUCAGCCAUCAAUCGCCGCUAGUAUCUCUAACAUUAUGUAUAAAAAUGCUGUGUAUUACCCCAACUAUCGGGUUUAUCGCGGGGAGACACCUGGAUCACUGAAUUUUGGUUGUAUCAGCCAUGUCUUUUAUGCUUUUGCUCAUGUUGGCCCGGAUGGUGGAGUUUUUUUGAGUGAUGAAUGGGCAGACAUGCAAAUGCCCGUUGACGGUGCCGCUGGGGGUGGCUGUCUAGGGUCAUUCAUGCGUUUAAAACAACAGCAUCCGCAUCUCCAGCUCAUCAUCUCUAUAGGCGGUGGUGCGGCAAGUCAACAUUUUCCGCAAGUUGCUGCUUCAGCUGCCACUAGGGAUCAUUUCGGAAAGUCGGUCCGAGGUCUAGUUGAUGCCACCGGUUUCAAUGGUAUUGAUAUCGACUGGGAACAUCCAUCAGAUCCUGAACAAGGUCGAAAUUUCCUUGCUCUCCUCGCUGCUAUUCGAAUUCAUCUACCUGACGAGAGAUAUCUUCUAACAGCAGCUUUACCUGCCGGACGAUGGGCUUUGCAAAACAUCGAUCUUUACAAAGCUCAAGAUUAUUUAGAUCUCAUCAAUCUCAUGGCCUACGACUUUCAUGGUUCAUGGUCCCAAAAGUCAGGUCAUCACGCCCAACUUUAUCCUGGGAACAUGCCGGAUGCAGCAAAUGGAAGUGCUGCUGUCGAUUAUGUUGUAUCGACUGGUUUUCCAGCCUCGAAGAUAUUGCUUGGAGUUCCAGUAUAUGGAAGAUCCUUUUUGAAUUCUAGAGGGCCAGGGCACCCAUACCAAGGCUGCGGUGGGGAAGAGGGAACAUUCGAGUACAAGUUAUUACCGCGACCCGGAACUCAAGAAGUGGUUGAUACUACCACUAUUUCGGCUUCCUGCUACGGAGGUGAUGGGGGAUGGGUCUCUUACGACAACCCACAAACAGUCAGAAUGAAAGCUGACUAUUGUAGGCAAAGGCGUCUUGGAGGACUAUUUUACUGGACAGGGACAGCAGAUGCGCCAGGUCCACGAAGCUUGAUAUCGGCUGGAUUCAAAGCUCUACAUGAUGCAUGAAUCACCCAAUGUUCGUAUCUCUAUGGGCAUCGAAUGUGCUAAUUCGGUGGCUCGAAAGAUCAGAGUUUUCAACGUUCGUGAAUAUUUUAAAUGCGCAAAGACCCAAUUAGAUAGAUUUAGGAGAUAGAGACUUCUCAGGUGUUUCUAUUGUUUUCGAUGUUGAAAUUGAAGGCUGGUUCCCUAUGUGGAUUUAUCACGAGUUAUGACGAAACGACAAGGAAAUGCAUAGGGCGGUGGUCUGAGAACACUAUGGGGUCAAGCAUACCCAUACUAUAAGUAGCUAUAGGGGCUCAAUGUAUAAUAAGGCAAUUCAUUAAAAGCAUACUUCUUUAAUGGAGUUCAAAAAUACACCAAAAAAUUUAUUGAAAUUUA